AACCGCCUUCAUCGAAGGCGUAGAGGGCAGACUUGCCUGGUGGGCCGAAGACCUACGUACGAGAGACCGCCUCCUCCUCCUUUUAGGCCUUCGCGGUCUCUUGUGUAAGCCCACAGUCAAGUUAACUGUGGGCUUAAUAUUGGGCCAGAAUGAAAGAGAGCCCAACAAGCCUAAUCGAGAAAUGGGUUGCGAUACUUGUUUUCUGCUUCUGUUAAACGACAUCAAACGCACGGCCCCUUGCCUCCCUUCUCACUUCUUCUCCUUCCCUUGUCACCCGUCGGCCUCUCCAGCUCUCCAGGCCGCCGCCGCCUUCUCGUGUCGCGUUCCUCUUCUCGCCGCCGUUCAGCGGCGCAACUAGCUCCGUGUCCUCGGCGUCCUCCUCCUUAUAAUAGAGUUAUUACCGCAGCUGUUCGAUCUCUUCUGCUUGUGCAAUUCCUGGCCGCCCCACACGCCAUGCGCGCAACGUGUUCGCGCAAUCGCCUGAGCGAGCUGCUUCGCUGCCGGGGCCAGGGUCAGUGGCAAUUCCAGUGCCCCUACCAGCUUUCACCCGCGCGGGGCAUGACGCGGGGCCGCAGCGUGAAGGAACGGAGCAAGAAGAAGCGCGUGCACGCGCUCGAGGUGGCCAUCGAGCGCUGGAAGGUGCUCUCCAAGGUGCUCACCGUCGUCGAGGCGCUUAAGAAGGAGGAGGAGCACGUCACCCCGCUCAAGCGCCUCGAGAUCCUGCGGCCGCAGCUCGGCCUCGUCAAGCCGCACAAGGUGGCCCACUUCGUGCGCCGCUCGCCGCACCUGUUCGAGGUAUGCCGCGACAGCCGCGGCGUCAUGUGGGCGGGGCUCUCGCCGCAGGCAGAAGCGCUCGUCGAGGAGGAGUCGCGCCUGCUGGAGGAGCACUCACCCACGGCCGCGCAGUAUGUCACCAGGAUGCUCAUGAUGUCCGUGGACAGGCGGCUGCCAAUCGACAAGAUCGCCCACUUCCGGCGCGACAUGGGGCUUCCUCAUGACUUUAGGACGCGGUGGGUGCACAUGUUCCCCGAGCAGUUCAGGGUGGUCAGGUUGGAGGAUGGUGAGUAUCUGCAGCUUGUCUCUUGGAACCCAAACUGGGCGGUCACUGAGCUUGAGAAGAAUGCUGCUGCAUCAGCUGGUGAUGCCAAUGCCAGUCCUCCAGGAGAGCUCUCGCUUCCGUUCCCAAUGAAAUUCCCGCCGAAUUUUACAAGUUACUACAGAUUUCGAGGAAAAGCUCAUCACUAUGUGAAGACGGGCAAUACCGAGCAGUUUCAGAAGAUGACCUACCUCUCCCCUUAUGCGGAGGCAAAGGGAUUGACUCCAGGCACGCCAGAGUUUGAUAAGAGGGCUGUUGCAGUGAUGCACGAGAUACUGAGCUUCAUGUUGGAAAAGAGGCUGGUGACCGAUCACCUUACGCAUUUCCGCCGUGAGUUUGUAAUGCCACAGAAGCUGAUGAGGUUACUCCUGAAGCAUUAUGGCAUCUUUUAUGUUUCUGAGAGGGGGAAGAGAUUGAGCGUAUUCUUAACAGAGGCAUAUGAUGGGACAGAAUUGAUAGAGAAGUGCCCGUUGGUGCGGUGGAGGGAAAAGCUCCUUCAACUUACUGGUUACAGAGGGAGGAUGAAGAAUAUUGGUAAAUUUGACGCAUCUUCUGAUUCAGAGGAUUACUUAUUAGGUAGUGAUGAUGAUGCUGUAUUGGACAUUGAAAGUGAAAAUUCAGAUGACAUCUUAGAUGGCUGUUCUAUUUCAGAUGAUUCUGAGAUGGAUUUAGGGGAUGCGGAUGAACUUUGCGGAGACUGAAUUGGUGGCUGUCUGCGUGCAGCACAGAAGAACAGUUUCUUGUUUUUAGUUUCAUUGAACAAAACUUGGAAGAAACUGCUUGUGACAUUAGGCUCUGGAUAUAAUUGUAGACUAAUCCCUAGCUGCUGGCUUUCACAGAGUUCCAUGUCUUAGCCCAAGCCUAAACAGAUUGAGGAAGAUUGGGUAUUGUUCCCUCGCUACUGACGUAUUUGGACUUCAAAUAUUAGUCAAAGCACAAACAGAGCGCAUUGGUCAGAUUUGGCAGGCUUGAAUAUUGCUUAUACCAUGUUAUAAAACCACAUCAGUGGCUAUGAUAUCUUCUUUGGAAAAAAAGAUGGAUGAGACGAAACAUGCAACAUGCUCUACUCAAGUUAUGGUUUUGCCCAAGAUAUAUUCAUUAAACAGUCGUAGCCUUCCUUUCAGCAUUCCAGGAGGCAGGAGGUGAUGAAUUAGAAGUUCAGAUAUGUGCAUGCCUACCUCCAGUGUCAUUGAUAAAUGAUAAUCUUUGUAUACAAGCAAUUUUGUAUUAUGGAUGAACAAAUCGUUUGCUAGAAUAUGUCAAUUGGAGCUGUUCUGCACUCUUUUGUUAAUUUGACUUCGGUGUGCAAAACAUGAUACACUGACCUAUAAUUUAUUACCUAAUGACUAAUAAUUGUACAGCUGGUGAUAUAGUAAAAUAUAUGCGGAAUAUGUCAACAUUCUCUCUACACUUUAAUAUGUCUAAUGUCUGCUCUAUCUACUUUCUUCAUGAUAUGGUGAUUAGAUUUGCUGCCUUGCUGGUCUUGCUGUAGAGCUUUCCUAGAAGUUGUUCUUCUAAGUUUCAUUUGGUUUGUGUUGUGCAUGUUGUGAUAGUCAAUUUUGCUAUAUUUCAAAUUAUGUAUUUUGAAGGUCCCUCUCCUUCUCUGGUUGAUUCAAGUGCCACCGAAGUUUGCAAACGUGCACACAGUGCAUCCUCCCUUUUGGAUUAAGAAAGGGGUUCAUAUAUAUAUAAUUGAAUUUCUUUUCUCCUGGCUGGUGUACAUUUUCACCAAUUUAGCAAAAGUAAUGAGUAUGUGGAGUUAUGAUAUUAACUGGCAAGUGGCAAUCUGGCAUCUUUCUUUUUGUCGUCCCCCUGAUAAUGUGCCAUCCCUUACAUUGCCCAGCAAAUUCUGUGACUGGCUUUAAAGCAGUAUUAGAUACUGUCCUACUGUACUAAACAUCUCUUGGCGCUUCCUGAAACUAGCAACCUAACCGUUUUGUGUGGUGAAGGUAUGAGCUGAUUAACCUGUUUUUUUGUGCUAUGUUGCUGCAAACAGAAAGGAAAACCAGCCUCUUGUCUCAAGGUGAAAUAACUAUUCAACCCAAAUCCCAUGCUGCAGACAUCUGAAAUUGCUGGUAUUAUUUAUGAGAUAUUUCACUUCCUCGUUCACUGGCCUGUCCAUGGAGAAAAGAUCCACCACCUCUUCUGCAAACAUGCUCACAUGGCGAUCAGAGGCACGGCUUAAUGCAACCACAUGGGAGCAAGACGCCCCCCAUUUACUUUCCUCCUGGGUCGUUGCCACCAUGAAUGUUGUUCCUGCUCUACAGAUCUCCCGUCCGUCCGCGUCCGUCCAUCCUCUCUUGAUGCUUAUUUGGAUGGGCGCCAUGUUCCUUAUUUAAGGCUCCACACGGCAGUGAGUCCUGAUUCUUGAGGAACCUAACAAUGGCGGUGCUGUUAGGAGCUCACCGGAUUGACUAAGUCGCAUUCUUAUUGGCACACUCAAGAUAAUCAAUCCCCAGUCGUUCAGAUUUCUGGGUUAGGGUUUGGCACUGCUCGGAGAACCGACCAUCUCUUCCACAGGAACUGGAGAUGCAAUGGAAUGGAAGAGUAUCAUCUUUUCCCCAUCAAACAAAAUUCUAAUUUCGAAGCCAUUUCAAUUCUGAAUUAGUUGCCUGCUUUUUCGGGCUUUGCUAAAAGAAAAAGAUGUUUUGAUGUGCAGAGAGGUAUGCCAUCCUGUGUGCCUGGACCAUCAACCCAUCAUGAAAUUGGAACACCUCCAGCUGAAACUGUUGCAGCAGUACCAUUAAGAGGUACAGUGUGAGCCGCCGUGUCAAUUUAGGGGGCUGGAAGUUGUUGCUGGCAUCCGCUAUGCACAUUAAUCUUUGUCCCCAUCACUGUGCAUGAUAUACAUGGAAAAGGUCUGAGUACGUUCUCCCACGGGAAGCCAAGAUCGCGAGUGAUGUCGCGAGCCGAACCCCCAACCAACUGCUCGUAUGGAUGUACAGCACCAGAGGAUAAAUGUCACUAGCAAGGUGGUUAACCCUCGCGGACUGGGGUCAAGCUGUCGCUUUUGGCAUGAAUGGGCAGCAGCUCUUAGCGCUGUCACUCUUGCCUGUCAAUCUCUGAGGUCUCCGUGUUUCUUUUCUUUUUUUUUUCUUUUGAAACCAUGAGGUCUUCGUGUUCUGGCUCGCUGAGUUCUGUCUUCUUCAGACAAUGAAGCCGAGCACGGUGUUCCCUGUUUCCUUGUCGGUAAUUUUGUAAAACGGUGCGCGUAAUCCGAAAUGAUUUACCCUUGACACU